AUGGCUGCUAUUCCUGGGCUAGGGUUGAUGGAGGAAGCGGCCCCGGCCGUUUCCUCUACGCGAGAGAUCGAGCUUCCGCCCUUUGGACAGUUCUGCUUCGAGGUUGGCUUUGGUAGCCCCGGUCUGACGGUGAAGCUCAUCUCGGGAACCGCCGAAAAGGACGGUACCGAGCUGAACCUGAACCAUCCGUACCACUUCUCCAGCAUCAAGACCAACAUCCUAACUCUCCAAGGAUGCAAGUUAGAAGUCGACGGAACCUGCGACAAGGAAUGGGUUAUCAAGGAUGUCCCGCCUGCCGAGAACGUUCCUAACAUGUACGUCAACAUACAUUUUGGGCUUCACCACGAGCGGCUCAAGGCUGCCGCAACAGGUCGCACCGGCCCUAGGGUCUUGAUCGCCGGCACACCGAAUUCAGGAAAAACCACCUGUGUGAAGACACUGGCUUCCUAUGCCACGAAGAGGGGAGAUCAACCGUUGGUGGUUAACUUAAACCCCGACGAAGGCAUGUUAACGCUGCCAGGGACCCUGAGCGCCGCCGUCUUUGCCUCGAUGAUGGAUAUCGAAUCGCGACAGGGCUGGGGUGCAGCCCCGGCUAGCGGACCCGGAUCUAUCCCACCAAAGUUACCGAUUGUCCACUUCUACGGACACCAGAAUAUCGAGGAUGAUGCUGGUCUUUAUAGGGAGAUAACGACGACAAUGGCCGAGUCGGUAUCGGCAAGGUUGUCUGAGGACCCGAACGUCAAGAGAUCUGGUUUGAUUAUCGAUACCGCAGGCAUUCAACCCGAUAGUAUGGAAGGCCUGGAUCUGUUGUCGCACAUCAUUUCCGAGUUCUCGGUGAACAUUGUAAUCACUAUUGACUCACAGGGCCUCGAGGAGCAGCUCAAGGAGAUGCUAAAGGACGAAAUGGCACAUUCUGAAGAGCAAAUACAUAUUGUAAACAUCUUCAAAUCUAAAUCGAUCCCCGAAAGGGAUGAGCUAUGGUUACUUCAAGAAAGAGAGGCGGAUAUCAAGGAAUACUUCUUUGGCGAUUCGAGAAUGGUGCUGAGUCCUUCAACACAGCUUGUUGACUUUGACAGCCUGACAAUAUUCAAGCUCCCUGAGAACGGCGAGUACACACCGGAUGCUAAAGCACUGGAAAGAGUCAAGCCUACGGCCGACAUGGUACACUGGACGCUAGCUAUCAUGCAGGCUUCGGUCAAGGAUACCGCGGAGACGAUCCGGACGUCUCUCGUUCUUGGAUUCGUGUACGUCGCGCAUGUCGAUGUUGACAAGUCCAAGAUAAAACUCUUAGCGCCGCUGCCCGGAAGGCUUGGAGAUCGACCGCUCAUCCUUGGGAAAUGGCCGGAGCCUCAUGUCAACCUCCUCGGCUGA